GGUGGGGAGAGGGACAAGUUAAACGAGUGAGGUGGCAUUCAUCCGGUUCCUGCUUCUAGCAACACAGCAAAAGAUAUAUUGUACAACAAGCGUUUGCUCUGUCACUAUAGCCUAGCCAACUAUUGUGCAGAAUGAGAUAUGCUUGCAUCAUAGCCUAUAGACUACCCUGCGUUUAUUCAGACUUCAAUAAGCGGCAAGUAGCCUAAAGCCCAGGGCUGAGAGGAAACAGGCUAUCGAGAGGCAGGACUACGCUGGAAUAAACCCUGCAGUCUCACCCAUGCUUCCUCCCGAAUAGCCUUCUUCUCCAGCUGUUUUACACUGUCCCCACUACUGUUUUGACGUUAUUUAUUUUUUUCUGCAAAGGAAAGAACCGAACCAUGGAACUUCUUUGCUUCGAGGACAAAGUCGUGCUUGCCCAAAUUGACCCCAACAUUCUCUAUGACGACAGAGUAUUGCAAAGUCUGCUAACCAUAGAAGACAGGUUCCUACCGCAAUGUUCGUAUUUUAAAUGUGUCCAGAAGGACAUUCAGCCACAUAUGAGGCGAAUGGUUGCAGGAUGGAUGCACGAGGUUUGUGAGCGUUUUUAGCCUACAUGUGCAUUGGUCAGGUUUGUGAAGAGGAGAAGAGUGAGGAAGACGUUUUCCCCUUGGCUAUUAAUUAUUUGGACAGAUUUUUAGCGGUGGCGCCCACUAGAAAAUGUUAUUUGCAACUUCUAGGAGCUGUAUGCAUGCUCCUUGCAACAAAGUUAAAGGAGAGUUGUCCAUUAACUGCAGAAAAGCUGUGCAUGUACACAGACAACUCCAUCACACCAAGGGAGCUGCUGGAGUGGGAGUUGGUGGUCCUAGGGAAGUUGAAGUGGAACAUGGCGGCAGUCAUCCCAAACGACUUUGUGGAUCACAUCCUGCACAGACUGCCCCUGCCCAAAGAUAAGCUAUCUGUGGUCCGCAAGCACACACAGACAUUCAUUGCCCUGUGUGCCACAGAUUUCAGCUUCGCUAUGAACCCCCCCUCCAUGAUCGCUACGGGCAGCGUGGGGGCGGCCAUCUGCGGCCUGCAGCUGGACCAAUCAGACCAGGCCCUGAGUCGAGACCGUCUGACUGACCUGCUGGCCAAGAUCACCAACACAGAGGUGGACUGUCUGAAGGCGUGUCAGGAGCAGAUAGAGAGGGUGUUGGCCAGUAGCCUGCAGCAGGAGCAACAGCAGCAGAGGCAGAUGGCCCAAGGCAGACCGGGCAGCAAGGCCAUGGAGCAGCAAGACCAAUCCAGAACCCCAACAGACGUUUCCAGCACCCCAACAGACGUACGCGACGUCAACCUAUGAGCCCCCACCACCAUCUACAAGAGUGACGCCCACCAGCGAGCUCCCAACAAUUAUGUCGCUCUGUCAAUCUAUGGGAUCUAGCAACAUUCGCAAUGUCAAGCAAUGAGCUGCCAGCACAUACGCCAAGUCAACCAAUGAACUCCCACCACUAAAUGUCACACCAACCUACAAGUUCCCACCCUUGUUUGUUAAGUCAACCUGUGAGGUCCCACAAAGUUUGGGUUGGCAAACUGUCAACAGCAUUAUGCUGGAAUUAUCAACUGAUAAGAACUUUUACAAACAAUAUAGAGAAUAGGUAUACAAAAGAAAAUGGGUGGCUCCCAUCUAUAUUGAGCUGGUCACAUAUUGACAUGUGUGCCAUACUGAAUUAAACAAGCUAUUUUAGACCCAAUGCAUUUGAAAACGUGAUAGUGCCUUAGGUUUGCAGAAAGGAAACUUGAAUAGAUUUGCAUCAUUGAAAUAUUAGUUUUUUUACUUGAUAAAAAUACAAUGUAGUUUUUCACUCUAAAAAAGCUAGCAAAAACAUUUAUUAUUCAUAGUAUUGUAUUUUAAUUGUUAUUCUAGAUAUUGUUAUCAUUAUUUCAAUAUAAUUUAGUUUUAUGAUUAUUAUAAUAAUUGUUAAUCAUUAGUAAGCAUUUAUCAAUUUCACAGUGGCUGGGUGUUUCCCUCAAUUUCAAAUAGAGGAAGCCCCUGUACUGUGUGCAUUACAUUAAGUACUGGUUUGGUUCUGCACAGUGUUCAUACACCUUUAUUUAGGAGAAGCUAAUGUACAGGAUGAAGAGAGCGGUAUCUCCUGCCUGCUUAGCUCUGCAUCUGUAGCACUGCUUCCUAUUUAUGCUCUUAUAUGCUGGCCAGGAGAGGGCUGGGCCCACUCACACAGAACACAAAGGGAGCGAGAGGGGGUAGAGAGACACAGGUAAGGAGUCCUGAGGGUGUGUAUAUACUGCCCCCUAAGGGUGAGAGCAAGGACAGAACAACUAUCAGCUGUUAAGGUCUUGAUUUCAUUGCCAAGUUAAUACCAAGCCAAUAUUUACUUUCUAAUUGAACAAAGCUAUUUUUGUUGUUAUAUGUUAUUGGGUUGUGUGCUCUGAGAAACUCCUGCAUGUUAUUAGAAAAUUAUUGAGGAUCAUAUAUACCUUUUUAUACCAGGGAGCACUGUUUUAAGUCUGUCAGUAAAGUUGGCGUGAAAGCAUGUUUUUGUUCUGGGUCAGACAAAGCCAAUACUAGAGAAAGGGAGACGGCAUGUUGGAGGGAUGGUCUUAGUCUGGAGAUGAGAAUGAAACUAUAGUUGUUUGUUAGUGUCAGAUGGAUUGUUAAAGUUUCAUAGAGUUUGAGUGUGGAACAUUUAGAGCAGUGAAAGUUUGGCGAGAGUGAGAGAUGGCAAAAAAACGGAGGUUUUGAGAAUGGAACUAGAGACGGUACGAUUGGUGCCAUGAAAUGAAGGACUUGCAAACAGUUCAAAUGAGGGGGAAAUGGAUGAAGACAUGGUAGGAAGCUCUUGUGGCACACCAGAAUAAGCCUGUUCUUGAUUGGAAGGGCUGCAGGCGGUUGUCAUUCUGAUAGGUCAAGAGUUGAUCACGAGGGAGCAGUUUGGUGUGCUGGAACAUUUCCUGUAAGGGCCUCCUGUUAAAUCCAACUAGAUAUUUAAGUCAUGGUCAAAGACUUGGAUCAACCUAAAUGCACUUUUAAAAAGAUGUUCCUUAAAAGCUGAAGGGGAUGGUGAUCAAAUGGGGUAGGUGGGUUUUCUAAUGUUUUAUGUUUUUAUAAUUUUAUUUUUUAAUUUUAAGUUAUUUGAUAUUCUCUGGGCUGGAUCCCCACUUCGGGUGAUGCACAAGGACUGACCAACGAGUAGGAGAAGGGUUUACCAACAUGGAACCAAAUCAAUUGCAAUGCAAACCUAGGAAAGCAUUCAAAAUCACAUCUAGACUUGAUUAUUUGAUAAAAUCCAUUUAACUUGAAUUUUAUUUUUGCCUGCUUCAUAUCCAAAUCAAUAUGAUGGUCCUAAGAAAGGAUUACACAAUGUCUUUUUCUGGUUCAUAGUUUAUUUUGUUUUGCUCCACAGUUCAGCUUGUUUUUCAGAGAGGAAAGAAAUAACAUACGGACUUUAAACCUAUAGGCAGAAAACUUUGCUCUUUACUUCUGGCAACCACGUUCACCAAUGCAGAAAGUAUUUAAAACCUAUUUUCUUUCAUGAAACGCAAUUUGCUAUAAACUGAGAAAAGAUAUGGGUAAGCAUUUAAAGUUUUGUGUUAAUUACUUAAAUUGAGUGAUUUAAGUGAUGAAAGACUAAAUGGA